AUUACUUUGUACAUUCUUUUAAAAAGUUCCUUUGAAAAUCUUCAGAGGGACAAGGGAGCAGUGCUUGUCCGUACAACUGGCAGCCAUAUAAUAUUGGCAACAAAGUAACAUGUUUGUGGCUGAGUGAUGAAAAGACUUCGUGGAUUAAUGCAAUGAACUGGUGCAGACUGAUGGACGGACAACUUGUUGAACUUAAAUCUCAAGCCUUCAACACACUGCUGGCUAGGAUGAUAGCAGUAAAGAAUACAGGGAAGUAUUGGAUAGGUCUAACAAACAUGGAAAAUGAAAGGGUAUUCAGGUGGAUGACAACUAAAGAGACUGUUAAUCCUAUGGACCCUAGGAUGUCAUUUUUCAAACCCGGACAGCAACUGAGUGGACAACCAAAACAUUGUGUACACACAGACGAGAAAGGAGAAUGGACUGUUGAGUCCUGCAAGGCGCAAUUCUGGUUUAUUUGUCAGAAAAACAAUCGUAUUAAAGGCUCAUCUAAAAAAGUACGCACCAGAUUGUAGUGUAACGUCUGAAGUGUGUUCAGUUUGGAAAAAGAUAAAAGAAAUACAUUUGAAUUGAAAA